AUGUCCUCAUCUCCGCUACAUAAUUAUGAUUCAAAUAAUAAUGGAUCAAAUAGUCAUCCGCAAGAUUCAUUAUCACAAUCUCAAAAUCCAAUCGUACCAUCAUCACCAUUAUUUUUCCAAUCAUCGAAUCCAAAUUCAGAUGUAAAUGCUCCAACUAAUUCACAAAGUCAAAAUAGAUAUCAAGAUAUUUCAUCACCUUUGCAUUAUACUUCAUCAAUUCAUCAUACUUCAGAUUUAAAUAGUGAUGGAGGAAAUUUUUCAUCUCAAAGAAGAAAUAGAAUGCAUGAUGUUCAUAAUAUAGUUAGAAGAAAUCAUAGAUCAGAUGUUAAUGAUCCAUUAUCGUCACCAAGAAGAAGAGGAGAAAGUUGGUUAGAUGAAAGAAGAUCAGAACCAAAUUUAUCAAGUUCAUCCAAUUUUUCGGAUCUUGGAUCUAAUAAUGAUGAACCAGUUAGAGUGAUAUGGGGUACAAAUGUUUCAAUUCAAGAAGUUGCAAAUAUUUUUAGAGACUUUUUAUUAUCUUUUAAAUAUAGAUAUAGAAAAGAAAUGGACAAUCAAGAUAUUAAUCCAGAAGAUCAAGAUUUAUAUUAUGUUAAUAAAUUAAAUGAAAUUAGAGAAAUGGGAAUUACAAAUUUGAACCUUGAUGCUAAAAAUUUAUUAGCAUUUCCGGCAACUAGAAAAUUAUAUUAUCAAUUAAUAAAUUACCCUCAGGAAAUUAUUCCAAUUAUGGAUCAUACUGUUAAAGAUUGUUUAAUUCAAAUUACAAAUGAUAAUAAUGAUAUUGCUGAACAACCUGCAAGUUUAGAUGAAAUUGAAACAAAUAUUUAUACUAUGCGUCCUUAUAAUAUUAAUCUUGUUGAAAAAGGUAUGAGAGAUUUAAACCCCAAUGAUAUUGAUAAACUAGUUAGUGUUAAGGGAAUUACAUUAAGAUCAACCUCAGUUAUACCCGAUAUGAAAGUUGCAUUUUUUAAAUGUAAUGCUUGUUAUCAUACUGUUGGUGUUGAAAUAGAUAGAGGUGUUAUACCAGAACCUAAAAAAUGUCCAAGACAAGUUUGUUCGCAAACUAAUUCAAUGCAGAUCAUAGAAAAUAGAUCCUCAUUUGCUGAUAAACAAGUUAUUAAAUUACAAGAAACUCCAGAUUUAGUACCAGAUGGUCAAACUCCGCAUUCUAUAAAUUUAUGUGUUUAUGAUGAAUUGGUUGAUUCAUGUAGAGCUGGUGAUCGUAUUGAAGUUUGUGGUAUUUUUAGAUCAGCACCAGUUAGAGUGAAUUCAAGACAAAGAGCAGUUAAAAGUUUAUAUAAAACUUAUUUAGAUGUUGUUCAUGUUAAAAAAUUAGAUAAAAAAAGAUUAGGUGCUGAUAUUACAACAUUAGAAACAGAAACUGAACGAAUUUUAAAUGAUACAGAUAUUGAAGAAAUUAGAAAAAUAACAAAUGAAGAACAAGAACAAAUUAAAGAAAUUUCACAACGUGAUGAUUUAUAUGAGUUAUUGGCAAGAUCAUUAGCACCUUCAAUUUUUGAAAUGGAUGAUGUUAAGAAGGGAAUAUUAUUACAAUUAUUUGGUGGUACUAAUAAAACUUUUAAAAAAGGUGGUAGAUAUAGAGGUGAUAUUAAUAUUUUAUUAUGUGGUGAUCCAUCAACUUCAAAAUCUCAAAUUUUACAAUAUGUUCAUAAAAUUGCACCUAGAGGGGUUUAUACAUCAGGUAAAGGUUCUUCUGCAGUUGGUUUAACUGCUUAUGUUACAAGAGAUAUAGAUACAAAGCAAUUAGUUUUGGAAUCUGGUGCUUUAGUUUUAUCUGAUGGUGGUGUUUGUUGUAUUGAUGAAUUUGAUAAAAUGAGUGAUUCAACAAGAUCUAUAUUACAUGAAGUUAUGGAACAACAAACAAUAUCAGUUGCAAAAGCAGGUAUAAUUACAACAUUAAAUGCAAGAACUUCAAUUUUAGCCUCUGCUAAUCCAAUUAAUUCAAGAUAUGAUCCUAAUUUACCAGUUACUAAAAAUAUAGAUUUAUCACCACCAUUAUUAUCAAGAUUUGAUUUAGUUUAUUUAAUUUUGGAUAAAGUUAAUGAAUCUACUGAUAGACAAUUAGCAAGACAUUUAACUGAUAUGUAUAUUGAAGAUGCACCAGAACAUGUAAAUGAACAAUAUGUAUUACCAGUUGAAAUGUUAACUUUAUAUAUUCAAUAUGCAAAAGAACAUAUAAAACCAAAAAUGACAGAAGAAGGUAAAAAUGAAUUAGUUAGAGCAUAUGUUGAAAUGAGAAAAUUGGGAGAAGAUGCAAGAAGUUCAGAGAAACGAAUUACAGCAACUACAAGACAAUUAGAAAGUAUGAUUAGAUUAUCCGAAGCCCAUGCAAAAAUGAGAUUAAGUCAACACGUGGAAUUAAUAGAUGUUAAAGAAGCAGUUAGAUUAAUUAAAUCAGCAAUUAAAGAUUAUGCAACUGAUCCAAUUACUGGUAGAAUAGAUAUGGAUAUGGUUCAAACUGGUACUACUAAUCAACAAAGAAGAGUUCAAGAAGAUUUAGCAAAUGAAAUAAUGAAAAUUGUUGAUGAAAAUAAUAAUUUUAUAAGAUUUAAUGAUUUAAGUUUAAAAAUUAAUGAAAGAUCAUCAUUUAGAAUUGAAAAUCUGGAUUUAAAUAAAUGUUUAACGAGACUAGAACAAGAAGGGAAGAUUCUACAAACUGGUGAUAAUCAUAGAAGAACAAUUAGGAAAAUUGAAAUAAUAUAA